CAAUAUGUUCGCCUAGAUAAAUGUAAUUAAUCAAAAGUUGCAGAGUUGCAGUAGCAAUGCGAUAAGGAGAAUCGUUCAAUUUAAUUUAAAAUUCUAUCAAAUUUUUAAGCAUAGCGAAAAACAGCCGCGAUAAUACGACAGAUCACGUGUCAUUAAUGACUUGAACGUAUCUGUGUAUCAAUAUUGGCAACACUGUUGGCGGCAAGUUAACUACGAAAAUCGUAGUCAUUUUCCUUUGAAUUUUACUUCUUUUCACACUAUCUGCGUUAUGGAUGAAUCGCGGAAUCUGUAAUUAGGAUCUGUAAUUAGGAUUAUUAUCUAAUUUAUCGAGAUGUCGAAGAAUUCUUACAACGAGAUGAUUCAACAGAUCAAUGAAGCGCAAAUGCAGCUGAAAAUCAGACUCGAACAAGUAUCGAAGCUGCGAACUGAUUGUGCGAAGCUUCAACUGGAAUUAUUGAAACUGUAUAAGCCUGAAUGUUUGGAGAUACUGGAAAUGUUGAAGAUUUUCGAGUCCGUGGACUCCUUCGGUAGCAAUGACGACAACGUUAUGAAAAUGAUCGAAAAGCGCGACAAUGAUCAGGGUAACGAAGUCCUUCGCACGGAUGAAGACGUAUCGAGGAAAUCUACGACGUAACAGCAGACAACUCAAGACAAGGCCAGUGAAUAUCAGUCGGAAUAACUCCUCAUAAAUCCGAUCCGACAUUGAUGGCAAAACUCAUUCGAACUUAAUAUUAAAACUUAUCGUAAAAACUCAUUAACUUUAAAAUUAGAUUAAAGUAAAAAGAGAUGCUAAAAGCAGAAAGAGAUAAGCAACAAAAUUCUGUGAAAUAAAAAUCGCCCUCGUGGAAC